CUAGGGUUCGUAAUUUAAACGACCCGCUCUCGUAACUACUCGUCUACUCCAGAUCCUCCAAAUUGGAAAGCAAAUUUAUACUCCACACCAAUUUCCCUUGCAACGAAUUUCUAUCGAACUGAUCAAAUCACUGCAGAAGUGAGGAAGAUGAGUACAACAGGAGAGAAAGGGUCAACGACUGCAAAAACACCUGCUGAUUUCCUUAAGUCGAUUCGUGGUCGGCCGGUUGUCGUGAAACUGAAUUCCGGCGUUGAUUAUAGAGGCAUUCUAGCUUGCCUGGACGGGUAUAUGAACAUAGCCAUGGAGCAAACGGAAGAAUAUGUCAAUGGACAGCUGAAAAACAAAUACGGCGAUGCUUUUAUUCGAGGGAAUAACGGGCUUUCAAAGCUGGAUUUCACAUGGAAGUAAUAAUUUAGGUAUAGAAAGGAAGCUGAUAAAAGAGAUGGGUAGAAGGCAGCACAGAGCCAAUGAUCUUGGUCUAAGCAACUCACCUGUAGAAGCAUUU